AUGGCGCGACAGCCCGGGGUCCGGAGCGGAGCUCACUGGACCCCACUGGCCCGGACGCCCCUGGAUCCCACCGGCCCGGCCCCCGCCGGACCGCACGGGACCGGACCUUACCGGACGUCACUGGACCGGACCUUUCGGCACCCCACUGGACCCCGCGGGCCCGGCCCCGACCCCGGAGGACCGGACCGUACCGGACCUCACUGGAUCGGACCCUACCCUACCCGCGGGACCGGAUCUUUCCGAACCCCAGAGGGCCGGACCUUACUGGACCCCACUGGAUCGGCCCUACCGGACCCUACCCUACCUCGCGGGUCCGGACCUCACUGGACCCCACGGGACCGGACCCCGGAGGAUCGGACCUUGCUGGACCCCGGAGGACCGGACCCUACUGGACCUCACGGGACCCGGGCGAGGCGGGAGGAGAGCGGACAAGAGGAGGAGGAGCGGGGUCCCGCGUCGAUGGCUGGCCGGGGUCCCGAGCCCCCGGGCCGCCCCCUUGGUCCUCCGCUGCCCCUGGCCCUGCCCCUGGGGCUGCUGCUGCUGCUGCUGGCCGUCGGAGGCGACCCGAGCCACUCGGCGGAGCUGUCGUUUGCCGUGGAGCCGAGCGACGGCGUGGUGGUCCCGGCCCAGCCCCUGGUGCUGGGCUGCCGGGUGGAGGGGACUCCACCCAUAAGCAUCACUUGGCGGAAGGACGGGACGGUGCUGGCGGACCGCGAGGACGCCUUUCUGCUGGCCAACGGCUCCCUCUACCUGGCCCCGUUCCGGGCGGAGCGUGGGGACGGCUCAUCUGACGAGGGCGAGUACGACUGCGUGGCUCAGAACCGCUUCGGGCUGGUGGUGAGCCGCAAGGCCAGGAUCCAGGCUGCCACAAUGUCAGACUUCCACGUCCACCCCGAGAGCGCCGUGGUGGAGGAGGGCGGCGUGGCCCGGUUCCAGUGUCAGAUCCACGGCCUGCCGGAGCCCGUGAUCCUGUGGGAGAGGAACCAGGUGCCCAUCGACACGGAGGACGACCGGUACACCCUGCUCCCCAAGGGCGUCCUGCAGAUCACCGGGCUCAGGGCUGAAGACAGCGGCCUCUUCCACUGCGUGGCCACCAAUGUCGCCAGCGUCAAGUUCAGCCGCAGAGCCAGACUCACGGUGUCCGGCGGCCGUUCCACGGCCUACAAGGAGCCCAGGAUCCUGGUGGGCCCGGAGAACCAGACCCUCACCGUGCACCAGACGGCCGUCCUGGAGUGCAUUGCUACGGGGAACCCCCGGCCCAUCGUGUCCUGGAGCCGCCUCGAUGGCCGACCAAUCGGGGUGGAGGGGAUCCAGGUGCUGGGGACGGGGAACCUGAUGAUCUCCGACGUGACGGUGCAGCACUCGGGCGUCUACGUCUGCGCCGCCAACAAACCCGGGACGCGGGUCCGGAGGACGGCUCAGGGCCGGCUCGUGGUGCAAGCCCCCGCAGAGUUCGUUCAGCACCCGCAGUCCAUCUCACGGCCCGCGGGCACCACGGCCGUGUUCACCUGCCAGGCGCAAGGGGAGCCGCCCCCCCAGAUCACCUGGCUGAAGAACGGGCAGGUCCUGGGCCCCUCCAGUCACGUCAAGCUCAAGAACAGCAAUAGCACGCUGACCCUCUCCGGGAUCAGCCAGGAGGACGAAGCCAUUUACCAGUGCAUCGCAGAGAACAGCGCCGGCUCCUCUCAGGCCAGCGCCCGGCUGACCGUGCUGUGGGCGGAAGGGCUGCCCGGGCCCCCCCGGGACGUCAGGGCCGAGACGGUCUCGGCCACCACCGUCCAGGUGUCUUGGGGCGAACCCCUGCAGAACACCCAGGAGAUCAUCGGUUACGUUCUCCACAUCAGGAAGGCCACCGACCCCCUGGAGAUGGAGUACCAGGAGGCGGUCAGCAAGAGCACCUUCCAGCAGCUAGUGUCCGACCUGGAGCCGUCCACCCGCUACAGCUUCUACGUCAAGGCCUACACGUCGCGGGGGGCCAGUCGACCCUCCGUGGUGACCGUGGUCCGCACUCUGGGGGAAGUCCCGGGGAUGCCGGCCCUGUCCGUCAGGGUCCUGAACAGCACCGCGAUCCAGGCCCUGUGGGAGCCGUCCCUCAAGCUGGGGCAGCACAGAGGCUUCAAGCUGUUCUACCGCCAGGUGCACCUGCCCCGCUUCGUCGGCCCCGUGCUGUUGCCCGGCAACGCCACCUCCUUCAACAUCACCCACCUGGACCCGGCCGUGGUUUAUGAGGUAAAGCUGCUGGCCUACAACCAGCACGGGGACGGGAACAUCACCGUUCGCUUCGUGUCCCUCCGCGAGACCGUGGACAGGACUGUGCCCAACCCCCCGUGUGACUGCCUGAAGGAGGAGGAGGGCAGUAAGUCUUCCACCGCCACAGGCCUCAUCGUUGGCAUCCACAUUGGCAUCGCCUGCAUCGUCUUCUGUGUGCUCUUUCUUGUCUUCGGCUACCGCGGCAGGCUCCUCGUGUGCCAACCGGCCCAAGAGCAGCUGUCCACGCCCCAGAGGGACCCGAGGGGCCCGGCCACGAACGGGAACUCCUGCCCCUGGCGGGACCGAGAAGAGCUGGGUGGGAACGAGAAGCGCCUCGACCCCAACGAGCUGGAGCAGUUGUUCCCCCCGUCCCAGGCCGCGCCGCCAGGGGAUAAGGGGUUCCCGCCUGACCCCGGGCUGCCCGAGUCGUGCGACGAGACCCAGAUGUCCACCCUCCCGCCGGAGGAGUUCAGAUACCUCGAGGAGCGGAGGCCCGAGACCCCAGACCCGGACAUCCCUGGGAUUGGAGUGUCCCCAGCCCUAAGGACGGACUCAUCUCGGAGCACCAGCCCCAGUCCCGCCGGUGAAGGAUAGUGGACCCGGUCAGGACGUCCCCACCAGGGAAUUCCUGGGAAUGGGAUCCAGGACGUAUCUGGUGUCAGGCGGGCCUCUGGGCCGAGGCCGCGUCCAGCGCCCUGCGGGGUCUGGGCUGUGUCUGGCACUCGGCGGGACCCGCACGGUGAUUCUUCAAUCUCAGGUCAAGUCGAGGGUUUCUCUGAACUCGUUCGUUAUCAUUAUUGAUAUUAUCAUUCUGGUGGCUCCGCGAUCCGGCCUUCGGAAGUAGCAGAACGCCUCCUCGGCCCUUCUCCAGACUGUCCCCGGGGAGAAUUCCUUCUCCUCUUGGGGUGAGGGGGGCGGGGCGAUCCUGGACUGGGAGAGAGGGCUUCCAAGGGCAGAUCGGAGGGCCCAAGCCACUCCCCUGAAUCGCCGCCACCCAGAUUACAGAAGAAGAAGAAAAAAAAGAAGAAGGAAGUGUUUGGAUGGAGGUGGUUCUCGACAUGACUCCCAGGCUGCCGGCUGUUGGGCCCCGCUUCCCUCCGCCGGCGGCUCUGCCCGCGUUCUUGAUUUCUCAGGAUGCUUUUCCCUGUCUGACUUUUUCGCUCACCCAGCGUUUCCCAGAAGCCCUUCGCGGGCAUCGAACUGCCACUUGGGGCAGACGCCAGGCCCGCCCGCAGUGGGCUCAGCACCUACCUCAGCCGGAAUGAAUGUCUGCCCGGAGGGCGGCGGAUGAGGACCCCCGUCCCCGCCCCCGUCCUCCAGGUCCUACUCCCACCCCCUCGCCCCGCCUCCCUCCACCCCCUCAAAGUCUGGCACUUGUUCGUUCCGUGUUCGGUCCUACCUCAGGCCCCCGGCCCCGGGCGCCGGGGGCGCCAUGUUGUCUCUGUAGGUUUUGUUUCGUCCUCGUCCUUGUUCGGGUGUGAAGCACUUCCAAAACGUCGAAAGCCAAGCCCUACCUCACCACCCCCCUCUCUUCCUUCGUGUGUUGGCAUUAUUGGAUUUCCUUUCCCUCCCUUCUCUCCUUUUCCCUAAUUCCUCCUCUCCCCCUUCCUCAGUCUCCUUUCUCCUUCCUCUC